UCAUGAAAAAUCAUACCGUCGGGGGUCUGGGGCCGCGGCUCAGAGACGGGGCCCUGGCCAAGCCGCUUCCCAGGCGGGUCGGUCCGCUCCGAUCUCCGGCGUUGCGGCCCGGUCCGGGCCGGUCCAGGCCGGUCGGUCUGAGAAGUGUCGACAUCGCCAGUCCAGGCUGGUCGGGCCUGGUGUUUGGUGAGCCCUGAGGGGCGUUUCUUGAAGAGCGUUCACGGAGUUGGGACGCGACAGUGCCAGGUUUGUCGCACCGCGGCUCAAAAAUGGGGCCCCGAGUGAUUCUAAGACGGUAUAGACAUUAGUUGUGGGAGUUACGCGCGGAUCUCUUGGAUCUGCGCUCGGACCCCUGUCGGCGGCUGCAGGGCUGUCCAAGAGAAUGCUCAGCGCCAACGUUUCUGCCGUUGCUUCUUCCUCGAAUCCCUUAGGGCCCCGUCUUCAGGCCGCCGAUGCUUGGAGUGGUGUAUUGCGAAGUCCUUACGGCCGGUGCCGCCGACCCUGUUCGCGAGGAGGAGGAGGAUUUUUGUUCCUCCAGUCUCUCGAGGUCCCGUCUUCGAGACGCCGACGCCAAGAAAGUGGUGCAUGUCUGCUGCCGUGGUGCGGCGGCGCGGCGCGGUCGGGGUCGAUCUGGCUGGAUGCCGUUCCGCUCGCCGAGUGCUGCCUGCCAGCCCGCGGCGCGGGGACCCCGCGCGGCGCGCGGGCGUCGCGUGGGGCCGUUGAUGGCAAUGCCCAGAUGGUUUGCUGGUGAGGCGACCUGCGCUUUUUGCAUGGAGUGGUGCUGCCCGGAAUUUUCGAGGUUCCCGACCUCAGCGCGGUCAGUAGAAGAGGACGCGGAGGCCUGUGGCAGGAGCACCUCCACCGCGCCGCGUCGCGCCCGGAUUCCGGGAGGACGGGGCGCCGCUGUUUUCGCGCCCGCCGCGCCCGCUUCACGCGGGCGCCGUGCUCGCGUCUCGAUGGAGGGGGCCGGGCCCUGGUCCCUCCCGUUCGGACGCCUAGAGUUUGACAUUUGUAAGCCACGCGCAGGAGGAGUGGGGGGAGGAGGGAGCGCUUCUUUGAAGGACCCUUGCUUCUUCGAAGGCGCGGGCCUUGUCUAUAGAUGUAAGACCGGCGCCUUCUAAGAAUCGGCCUCCUUCUAAGAAGCCUUCCACCUCCCCCUACCCCCUUGUGCUCGCCGCCAACUAGAGGCUGCACACCGCCAACAUUGGUUUCGUUUUUUUUCCUUAUAUUGUUGGUGCCCAUUCCAUGCCUCUGAUACUCGUCUCUUUAGCCACUGGCACCGCGGAGGUUUCCGACCUGGCGUGGGCCUCGCUCAAAGGUUUGGCCUGCACCUCCUCCUCCUCCUCAUCGUCCUCCUCCUCUCAUUCCCCACCAUCUUUCCCACUCGGCACGGCUCGGGGGUUCGCUUCUUUAUGUGGCCGGGCUGGCCUCAGCAGGCCCCCGGGGUAUUCCAGGGCGGUCUCAACGUCCUACGCCCUGGGAUGCUGGGGCCCCCGUUCCGCCGCAGCGGGAGCGGCUGUCUUGCGGGGCGUGUUGGUGCCAGGCUGUGCGGCCUCUUCGGGCUGCCUGUGUGCAGCCGGAAACCUCUGCCAUUCCCCUUCCCUCUUCGCUCCGCCUCGCACAGCUUCGUCGGUUCCCACGCGCAGCCACGUGCAGAUGGCCCGACGCGCGAUCACGAAACGGAGCACGGAAACAUAAUCAUUGAUCUUCUCGUGAGGCAUGCCGCGGCUGCUGAGGCGGUGGGGCCUACCUCCUAAACACAGUUGCGUGGAGGAAACUGCAAGGUCGCACCACACGCUGUGCAGCUGCAGAAAGGAUUUGCGAGCUUCUCGGUUUCACGGGCGAGGCGCGCAAUAACUUAUUUGCCGCGUGCGGCACGACUGGAUGCACGAGCGGUGCAGCAGCGUGCGUCCAGAACCACGCGAGCGCUGCAUCUCGACAGCGAGCGGGCGACCGCCCCGGUAACUGAGUCAGCGUGUUCAGCGGCAUUGGGGCGCCUCAGAAAUUUUGAAUCGGCCGCGCCGGCUGGCGCGGGCGCGGAUGUUGCUAACGGCGGGAGCGCCGGGUACGGGCGUUGGAGCAAGCGGAAGAGA